CGGGAAGGUAAUGAGAAACACAAUUCUCCUUGCAUUUUAUGAAAGUAGCUAGCUAUAUGUUGUUGCAUGGUCAUUGUUAGUAAAAUCCUCUCAACAUUUGGGAUAGGGAGGGUAUCUAUCUAACUGGUGAGUUAUAAUGAACUUGUAACCAGAUCUGGCAUUGAACACAAAAUAAAUGCACGCACUGCACAUAGGUAGUGCAAAAAGCAAUUAUAAUUAUUAUUUACAUAAAAUAAUGCAAAGUAGUAAAAUGACAUGAAAAUUAUUAUGCAUACAUUUGUUGACUGGGCAUAACUAAAAAAAUAUAUAGCAGAGAUCAUCCAACACUGGAAAGGUGAUAUGCUCGUGAAGUUUACAGUGUCUAGCUUUUGGAUUCUUCCAACAUGUCGAGCUCCUACCGAAGCAGGAUCCAGGAAUUCAAGGUGGCCUUGAGUGAAGAGAAGCUAGACUUGAAUGCACUCCGGGAACUUUGCUUCAGCGGUAUCCCAUUUGAAGGAGGCAUCCGUGCACUUUGCUGGAAAGUCCUUCUAAACUACCUGCCUCUGGACCAGACGAUGUGGGACUCCUUUCUCAAAAAGCAGAGGGAGGGUUAUUCCCAGUUCCUGAAGGAGAUGAUUAUCCAGCCCGGCAUCGCUAAGGCCAACCUGGGCCUCUCCAGAGAGGAUGUGACCAUGGAGGACCACCCUCUCAACCCCAGCCCAGAGAGCAAGUGGAACAACUACUUCAGAGACAACGAGGUGCUGCUGCAGAUUGAUAAAGAUGUCAGGCGUCUGUACCCAGACAUGGCCUUCUUCCAGUGGCCCACAGACUACCCAUGCCAGCUGAUCCUGGACCCCCAGAAUGACUAUGAGACCCUCAGGUGCCGUGUGGAACAGACCACCCUCAAGGCCCAGACCGUGGACCGCAACCGCAGCGGGGUCACCAACGUGAGCUCCCCGGGCAAGGCCCUCAACCUGUACCCUUCAAACGAGUACGAGGUGCUGCCCAAUGGCUGUGAGGCCCACUGGGAGGUGGUGGAGCGCAUCCUGUUCAUCUACGCUAAGCUCAACCCGGGCAUCGCCUACGUGCAGGGCAUGAACGAGGUGGUGGGACCCCUCUACUACACCUUCGCUACCGACCCCAAUGACAAGUGGAGAGAGCACGCUGAGGCGGACACCUUCUUUUGUUUCACCAACCUGAUGUCGGAGAACCGGGACAUGUUCAUCAAGAGUCUGGACGACUCACAGUGCGGCAUCACCUACAAGAUGGAGAGCGUCUACUCCAUGCUCAAGGAGAAGGACAUGGAGCUCUACAUUAAACUGGAGCAGAACAUCAAGCCUCAGUACUUCACCUUCCGCUGGCUGACCCUGCUGCUGUCUCAGGAGUUCCUCCUGCCCGACGUCAUCCGCAUCUGGGACACACUCUUUUCCGACCAGGACCGCUUCAACUUCCUCAUCCUGGUCUGCUGCGCCAUGCUCGUCAUGCCUGUCCUGUGUGGUUUCAGACUGAUUCGAGAUCAGUUGCUGGCAGGCGACUUCACGAUCAACAUGCGACUGCUGCAGGACUACCCCAUCUCAGAUGUCCACACCAUCCUGGCCAAGGCCAAGCAGCUUCAGGACGGGUCAUAGCCACCCCUACCUCCCUUCUCCCUUCCUUGGUUGGGGAGGGGAGGAUGCAACAUUAAACUGAUAACCCUGGGCACAACAAAGGAGGGAGAGGAAGACACCUGGCGCCAGGUUUGGUACAAGGUUGGUCGGAGAAACCAAACUCGGUACUUAGGCUUGUCAUCUCACUCUCACGGCCUGACAGUUUUUCCACUGGGAGGGUGUGUGGCCUCAAGCUAUUUAUUUUUGCACUGAACACUUGAAAAAAAGUGUACAAAUCUGCAUAUAUGAAGCAGAGAAACCACAGUAACGAUUACAACAGAAGCAUCAUUAUAAAGUCUGCCAGGGCUAAUAUCACACUCCCAGGUUUUUUUUAGGGUGUUUCUUUUUAGUGGGUUGGGAAUAACUUUAUUUUUUUUACGGCCAAAGUGACGUUUUUUUAUUUUUAUCAUUAAGAUGAAAUAUAAUACUACCUUGUAAAGACUAACCACCACAACAGCAAAAAAAAAAUGUUGCCACAGGGUUUGCUUUAAAGUAUAGAUUGUUAUGACAUUGGGCCUCAACGCAAGCAUCCUCUCUCUCUGUUUUCAUGACCGUGCUCAGAUAUUUACUCUACGCACAUGAGCUACACGUCUGGACAGUUUAUAGCUGGUUGUAACCUGAUUCCGUGUCGAUGGAGUCGCCAAUAUUAAUGUAUGUUUGCUGUCAAACCAAUGGGAUGUGAAACUUGUUUUAUAUUUUUUUUGGUGUGUCAUGUAGCAGAAGCUCUUAUCCAGAGCGACUUACAGGUGCAAUUAGGGUUAAGUGCCUUGCUCAAGGGCACAUCGGCAGAUUGGUCACCUAGUCGGCUUCUGAAUUCGAACCAGCGACCUUUCAGUUACUGUCCUAAAGCUCUUAACCACUAGGCUACUUGCUGUCCGACCCACUAACCUAACUGAAAUUGAUACAUUGAUGACGAUGAUAUGGUUGCUUUUGAUGUGAGGGCAUUACUAAGCAAACAAAUCAAUCCAAUUUAAAUUGGGCAUUCAUUUUUUUAUAAUAUAUUUUGACCUAUCUCUGGUCGCAUUGAGUGUCCAGAAUAAACCAGAAUACAUUAAACAUGAA